UGCAGGUAUGCACAGUAAAGAAACGCACGCUGGGCACUGACAGGCACAGACAGGCACAGACACAGGAGCCAGGGAGCCGAGACGCUGGACGCCAUGUUCCCUCUGAGGAUGGUCAUCGUGGGCUUUCUCUACUGCUGCAUCAGAACGGGUGUCGUGGAAUCUCACACUAAAGCCCUGUUCCCUGCCGCCAGCCGAUCAAAAAGAGGGGCUGCAGGCGCGAACCCCACUUUCUGCAACUCCACCGAGGAUGUCAACCUAUUAUUUGAGAUCCUACUGACUGGCAUUCACUUCCAGGCCAGCGGGGAGUUUUCAGUGAGAGACGCUGAGCUGGCUUCCCUCCGCAAGACACAACACCUGGAGGUCAUCUGUGAGGAGAUCAUCCCCAGGAGGCUGACGGACAUUUUCAGGCUCAUCUCCGGCCUUUCGGAUCACACUGGUCAACUGCACCAGGAUGAUUUCGAGCGCACUUUGCUGACCUUGGUGUACAUCACCCAGCAGAUGGUCGAUUCCACCUCUGAACAGCAGCGAGACGUCUGGGCAGAGUCUUUCGUCAGCCUCUACAAAGCCAUCAAGCAGGAUCUGACAGGGACAUAGUGAACGGACACAGGUACUGCGACACAACGGCUCUGUGAUAGUGAUAUUUUAAUAUGCAUGUAGGAA